AUGGCAAACAACGACUUAAACAAUGCAAAUGCCCAAUAUGAGUUUUACAAGUCACUAUUGGCAAACAACUAUCCCCAUAUCGUUGUUCAAAGAUAUGAGACACCGGGAAUUGCAGCAUCACCUGAGUGUACUCAGUUGUAUAUAGAUGCUUUGAACAAGAUUGGUAAAAAGGGGAGAGCAGAACAAGUGGCAAAUGCUUUGCACCAACACAAUAAUAAUUUUCAAGGUGCAUCAGGUAACGCUGCUCCUAUGGCAGCUGGUGGAUUGCCUCAUGGGUUUGGCUCCAGAUAUGAACCAGUACACGUUGUUGUCAGUGAAUCAUUGUUGACAAUUUUGUCUAAAUGGCUCAAAUGGUUGAUUCCAAUAGCUUUGAUCACUUAUGGUGCUACUAAUGCAUUCAACUAUUUAGUUGAAAAUGGUACUAUUUUCAAAAACGCUGAAGUGAAUGAUAAAUCAGUUGAUGUUAGCCAGAGUACAGUUAGAUUUUCUGACGUUCAAGGUUGUGAUGAAGCCAGAGCUGAAUUGGAGGAAAUUGUUGAUUUUUUAAAAGAUCCAUCCAAAUUUACUGGAUUGGGUGGUAAAUUACCCAAAGGUGUAUUGUUGACGGGCCCACCUGGUACCGGUAAAACUUUGUUGGCAAGAGCAACAGCUGGUGAAGCUGGUGUUCCAUUUUUCUUUAUGUCUGGAUCUGAAUUUGAUGAAUUGUAUGUUGGUGUUGGUGCCAAGAGAAUUCGUGAAUUGUUUGGGCAAGCAAGGGAGAAAUCUCCAGCAAUUAUAUUCAUUGAUGAGUUGGAUGCUAUCGGAGGAAAAAGAAACCCUAAGGAUCAAGCAUAUGCUAAACAAACAUUGAAUCAAUUGUUAGUUGAAUUGGAUGGAUUCAGUCAAACUGAAGGUAUCAUCAUCAUUGGGGCAACCAAUUUUCCUGAGUCGUUGGACAAAGCAUUGACUAGACCUGGGAGAUUUGAUAAGGAAGUUAUUGUUGAUUUACCUGAUGUUAGGGGUCGUGUUGAUAUAUUGAAACAUCACAUGCGUAAUGUUGAAACUGCCGAUAAUGUUGAUCCUACAAUCAUUGCCAGGGGUACUCCUGGAUUAAGUGGUGCUGAACUUAUGAACUUGGUUAAUCAAGCUGCUGUUCAUGCAUCACAACUAUCGGCCCCUGCUGUUGACAUGUCUCAUUUUGAAUGGGCCAAGGACAAGAUUCUUAUGGGAGCAGCGAAAAAGAAGAUGGUUAUAACAGAAGAGUCAAGAAUCAAUACAGCAUAUCAUGAAGCUGGACAUGCCAUUAUGGCUAUGUUUUCAGCUGGUGCUACUCCCUUGUAUAAAGCCACCAUUUUACCAAGAGGUAGAGCAUUGGGUAUCACAUUUCAAUUGCCAGAAAUGGAUAAAGUUGACAUGAGCAAAAAAGAAUGUUUUGCCCGAUUGGAUGUUUGUAUGGGUGGUAAAAUUGCUGAAGAAAUGAUUAAUGGAAAAGAAAAUGUCACGUCUGGAUGUUCAUCCGAUUUAAGUAAUGCUACCGGUGUUGCAAGAGCAAUGGUUUUAUCCUAUGGUAUGAGUGACAAGAUUGGACCCGUCAAGUUGAGUGAUGAUUGGGAAAGUUGGUCACCUGAGAUUAAGAAUUUAGCUGAUCAUGAAGUGCGGGAAUAUCUUAUUGAAUCAGAGAGCAGAACUAGGAAAUUACUUCAGGAUAAGAAAUUGGAGUUGCAACGAUUAGCUGAGGGUUUAUUGGAGUAUGAAACUUUAACCAAGGAUGAAAUGGAUAAGAUUGUUCGUGGUGAAGCGAUAAAUAAGGAGAAAACUGUUAGUAAUACCAUUAUUAAAAAGCCCUCGUCGUCUAGUCCUGAUAAGAUUAGAGAUGGGUUGAGCUUAAAGCUGGAUUAA